UUGAUCCUGUUUUAGAAUGAGACUCAUAAUAACGCUCGUCAUCCUCUGCCGUAUUGCAGUUUUGGCUGUGCCAAGAGUGUACGAAAAUGGCAAAGAAGCGGAUGAAUGCACAACUGACGUCUGUAAAGCUUCGAAUGGAUGUCGUUGCUCAUCAUCUACAGGGCCUUUAGAACUUAACGAACUAACUCCACAGAAGCUUUUAGUUCACAGUAAUUAUUUCUACUGUUCACAGCUCAUUAGUUUAACUUUUGAAGAAAUUGUGACUGAUGAUUUGUUCAACAACUUUUGGCAACCCCUUCUAUUCAAUAGAGUUAACCCAGAUGGUUAUCCGAUUGGUGCCACGUUCUUUGUGCCCCAUGAAUAUACGGACUACAAAAGAGUAAACGAUCUCUACAAUCAUGGAUUUGAAAUUGGCGUGAAAUCAAUUACAAUGAACCCACUCCCGCGUUACUGGUAUGACGCCAACGAGGAUAUUUUGGAGAAAGAAUUUGGAGGACAGAAGAAAAUUCUUAAUAAAUUUGGAAAUAUUCCCAGAGAACAUAUCCUAGGAGUGAGAACCCCUUGGUUACAAUUGGCUGGCAACUCUUCCAUCAGAGCAUAUCAGGCUAUAGGGUUGUCUUAUGAAAGUUCCUGGCAAACUUCAUCUGACAAACCUUUGUUUCCAUAUACCCUCGACUACUUGAGUACCCAACAAUGCCCUUUAGGAGUCAAAUGCCCAAACGAAGAGUUCCGCGGAUUUUGGAUUCUUCCAAUUAAUAACUUACUAGGGCCAGACCACAAAGAAUGCAAUGCUAUAGUUACGUGUAAUAUUACCGGUACUUCCGACGAAAUUGCCGAAUGGUUGAUAGGCGAAAUAGGCAACAUCCGUAACAGCACAAGAGAACCUCUAACUCUGCGUAUGUUCUCUUAUUGGUUUGAUUUUACUGAGAACAGCCGAGAGAGAUUCAUCAAAUUCUUGGACAAACUCGCAAGUUAUGACGACGUUUUCCUAGUAACACAGAAGCAAGUCCUUGAUUGGAUGAGGAAUCCGGUUCCAUUGUCUGAUUUCAAAACUGAUGUCUCAGAAAGGAAUGCCACAUGUACGCCUUACAGCUGUACAUUGGUAAAACCAAAUGGCAGUGUCAGAUACUUUAAAUCUUGCGUUCCUUGUCCAGCUUCUUACCCAUGGUUAGAUAAUCCAGAGUGCAAUUAAUCAUAUCAAUAAAUAAGUGUAACACAUUUUUUCAGUUAUUAAAAGUUAUUUAUUAGCUUAA